CGCUAGUGGUAUACACUUUGAUGACAGACAGACAGACAGACAGACAGACACGGAUUGACAGACAGACAGCUAGCCAGAGACAGAUACAUACAUAGAUAGAUAGACAGACAGGGAGACAGACAGACAGAUUGAUAGAUAUUCAGAGACAGAUUGACAGACAGACGGACAGCUAUACAGAGACAGGUAGACAGACAGCCAGACAGACAGACAUAUACAGAGACAGAUUGACAGACAGAUAGCCAGACAGGGAGACAGACAGACAAAUACGCAGCAGAUGAACAAAGACCACAGAAACGCACAGGCUGGACACACACCACCACCACCACCACCACACCACACCCAACACAAAACGACUAGACUCACAACAGAAACCGCGAAGCCAUUGCAUCAUUCAUUCCCAACCUCAAAACAUAACGAUGACGGACAUGACGUCACACGCAAUUCCACUCGCCACCAUCCGAGUGCCGUCCUCCUUUCCCUAUCACCUUCGAUACGCUCAUCAAACGCCACACACGUCUCCCAACCGAUCUCCGUAACCAUCCAACACACACGCUGCGACUCUCCAGGCUUUCCGGAGGGCGUGACCUCUGUCGCACAUGCGCAGUCAACCUCCAAGUCAAAUAACCCUGGAGCUUCACUCCACGCACAAAGACCAACCGCUUGCCAUUGUGUUAUCCACCCAACAAGCAUGUCGGCGAAAGACUCCAAAUCGGGAAUGUUUGAGAAGCUGCGCUCGUGGCGUCACUCGAGCAAGCCGAAGCAUUCCGACGCGAAGCAGCUGUCUGGCGCGAUGGACAAGGCCCUGGACGGCGACAUCAACGCCAUUCGCAAUAUGGGAGAGAACGAGUUGAAUCGAGAGUUGGAGGCGAUGCUGGAUGAUAUGAACUUGUCGGAGGAGCACCGGGCGCCGAUUCGUGCUCGCUCGGUCGAGCAGAAGAGAGAGAUGCUUGUGAGCUUUGUGAAGCGUUCGGCUCAGAUGCAGAAGUCAUCAAGAGGAGAUUUUGCUGGAGCAACUCGGCCGCCAUCCGAUUAUGUUGAUGAUUUUAAGAAGCCCAGCAGAUCAGCGGAUCAGAUACGACAGACAGUGGAGGGACUGAGAAUUUCGCUGGGCAGCAAUCCCAUCAGUUGGUUGAAACAGUUUAGUGAGUUGAAUGGUCUGCAGCUGAUCCUGGAUGUUCUAAAGAUGUGCCAACAGUCGAGUAAUCGGAUGAGUAAGGUGACUGUAAAGACCGAACAUGAGUGUGUUCGCUGCAUCAAGGCGUUUAUGAACAACAAGUAUGGUCUUGGUGAAAUGAUUGAGAACCCAGCAGGACUGCCAACACUCGCUGUCUCUCUGAAUACGAAAAACACGGGCAUGAUGAUUGACAUUCUCAAACUACUAGCAGCCGUUUCUCUAGUUCCGCCACACGGCCACUACAAAGCACUAGAAGCAGUCACUCUGUUCAGCGAGCAAAACGGGUGCGGGAGGUUUGAAAUUUUGUUCCAAGCUCUUCAGGCCAACGACAACGCAGCUUUACAAGUGGCAUGCAUUCAGUUUGCUAAUGCGUUAGUUAGUCAACCAGAUGAACUCGACUUUCGGUUGCAUUUGAGGAAUGAGUUUUUGCGUUCGGGUUUGAGACAACAGUGGGCGGAAUUACGUCGACUUGCCACAGAAGAGCUGACUGUUCAGCUGGAUAUUUUCGAUGAUCAAAGGGAGGAAGAUUACUCAGAGUUAAUUCAACGUUAUCACGACGUUCGAUUCGAAUUAGAAGAUUCAUCUGAGUUGUUUGGUCUUGUUAAACGAGUGACUGACGACACAGCCGCAGAGCAAUAUUUCCUCUCUAUUCUCCAACACUUUGUUCUCAUUCGAGAGGACAGCUAUGCCAGACCUCAAUAUUAUCGACUAAUCGAAGAAUGUGUCAACCAGAUUGUGCUGUUUCGUGACGGUGUUGAUCCCGAUUUUGGAACAAAACGGUUUGAAAUCAACGUGGAACCUCUAAUAGAUCACAUGGUGGACCAAGCCAAAGUCACUGAAUACGAGCAGAAAGCUACUCAAUACGAAAGACUAUUUAAAGAUGAGGAAGCAGCUAAGCAGGAAGUUGAAGCGAAGCUUGCAAUGGUUAGUCAGACUCUUGAUACAAAGACGAGAGAGUCAGAGGCGAGGAUAGCUCAACUACAAGACGAGCUCACAAAGAGGCCCGUCAUUGUAAGAGGCGAUAGUGCCGAAGGCUCCACACCUCUUUCUUCUGCUCCUCCACCUCCUCCUCCACCUGGUGGAGUUCCUCCACCUGGUGGAGUUCCUCCCCCUCCAGCCCUUUCAUCAGGAGUGCCACCUCCACCACCACCACCUGGAGGAGUACCACUCCCUCCACCUAUUCCUGGAGCACCAGCACCACCAGGGGCUCCACCGUUUAUGAUAGGUGCUAUGGUACCUCAACUACCACCUGGUGUUCAGCCAAAGAAGAAGUUUAGUCCAGAGAUACAGACAAAGAGACUGAACUGGAACAAGAUUGAUGGGAGGCGACUAGAACAAGGUUCCUUCUGGGCUCUAGCUAAAGAGGAACGAUUUGAAAACAAAGAACUGCUUGAAAAGCUAUCGAUGACAUUUGCAAGUAGCACGAAAGCUCUGCAUGGAGAGACUGAAGUCAAAGAAAGGAAAAUAUCCUCACGGAAAGUCAAGGAUCUUAAAGUCUUAGAUGCCAAAGUUGCUCAGAAUCUUUCUAUCCUACUCGGCUCUGUUCGAAUGAAGUACGAGGAAAUUCGGCAGUUGAUAUUAACAGUUGAUGAGCAAGUACUGACCAAUCAAAUGAUCAACUCGUUAUUGAAAUUCCUACCAAGUUCAGACGAGUUCCAGCAGUUAGGUUCGUUCAUUGAUAUGUUUCAUGAUUUGAGUGAUGCUGAACAGUUUGGAGCCGUGAUGAGCUUCGUUCCACGACUGCAAGAACGUCUUCAGUGUAUGAUAUUUAAGCGAAAAUUCAAUGAAGAAGUAGAAGAGAUAAUGCCGGACUUGGUUUCUGUUAUCUCCGCCUGUGGUGAGGUACGACAGAGUCCCAAAUUUCACAAAUUUCUCGAGGUACGAGCUUGCUUUCGAACAGUUCGCCUACCCAAUGUGCAAACCCUUACCUCUAUUGUAUACAUGCAGCUUGUUCUGUUGAUUGGUAACUACAUGAACGCUGGAUCUCGGAACGCACAGUCGUUUGGCUUUGAGCUGAACUUCCUGACAAAAUUGAGCUCCACCAAAUCAGUUGAUCAGUCUAAGACAUUAUUGCACUUCAUUGCUGACUAUGUAGAACUCAAGCAUCCGGAUAUAUUACAGUUUGUCGACGAGUUGCGACAUAUUGAAGCGGCAUCAAGAGUAUCAGAAGACUUGUUGUCCAAGCAACUUCGUGCGAUGGAGAAGUCGGUCGGACUCGUCAGAUCGGAACUGAAGGCGUACGAAACGAUGGCAAACGUUCGACCUGAAGACAGAUUCGUUACCGUCAUGAGUUCCUUUCUUGGUCACGCCGACGAAAAAUGCAAGAAGUUGGUGGAGAAACACAAGAGACUGAACGAUGUAUAUUUAGAAGUGGGCAAAUAUUUUCUUUUCGACUCUAAGAAGACGCCAGUAGAGGACUUUUUCGGAGAUUUAGUCAGCUUUGUCAAUGAAUUUCAGAAAAUAGCUCGAGAAAAUCACAAGAAACGAGAAACAGAAGAGAAACAGAAGAAAGCCAAAGAAUCUCGCGAGAGAGCAGAAAAGGUGAAAAAACGGAAUCGGUCAAUAAAGAAGCCCAAGUUGGUAGAUAUUCAUGCAGCCGGUGAUCAAGAAGGUGUGCUGGAUGGGUUACUGGAAGCUCUUCAGUCGGGUAGUGCCUUCGCCAAGGUCGGUGGCCAGAAAAAGCGGAGAAAGGAAGGAGUCACACCACAGCGGCCCAUACUCCGGCCGUUACCAAAGGGCCAGGGCGACUCGCCGUUCGACGGUCUGACUCCCAUCAGCAGCCCAAUGCGUUCUAGUUCUCAGAAACUGGACGAGAUGCGGCGGACGAAGAGCAUGGGAAAGGGCGUACUGUCUCCGAGCGAGAACAGCGAGAAAAGAAUGAGUCAAGCGGAGCAGUUGUUGGCGAAAGUAAGAGCGUCUAGCGCUUCAGACUUGAAUAAACAUUCAUCAGUUCUCUAGUAGCUUGCGAGUUUGCUGUAAUGGUCUUGCAUAUAUUACAUAGUUGAGUAUAGAUUGGGUAGAGAGAAAGUAGGUAUAUCUAAGCACUUUACAGGUGCAUGCAUGCACCCUGCAGUACGGACAAUGUGCCAUCUGUGGGGUCAACGUGGUUUGAUCUCGUGGCUGAUUGAAGUGGAUGGAUGGACUUGGAGUUUCUAACGAAUUUAGUUGUAGAGGAGUAGAAUAUUCCGGACGAUUUUAAAUUCAUGCAGCUUUUCUCAUUGAA